CUCUUAUCUUCAUCUCAAACCAAAAAAGUCCCCAACAAUGGAGAACGUUCCACCCAAAUUAGUUGAAAAAACAGAAGAAGAAGAUGAGCUUUCCAACAUCAGCCUCCGGCUGUUCGAUUUGUCUGACGUCGACGACUUCAUGGUGUGGGCUACAGAUGACAAAGUCAUCCAAUUUUGCUCAUGGGAUACAGACACUUACGCAUCCAAAGAAGCUACCAUGAACUAUAUUGCUAAUUUUGUGAUCCCUCACCCAUGGUACAGAGCAAUUUGCCUCAACGGCCGGCCCAUCGGUGAUAUUGCCGUCUCACCAAACAGGGGAAAUGACAGUUGUAGAGCAGAGAUCGGGUAUGUCUUGGGCUCCAACUACUGGGGAAGAGGAAUCGUCACGCAGGCGGUGAAAAUGGCAGCUCGUAGUGUGUUUGUUGAGUGGCCACACUUGGAGAGGCUUGAAGCUCUAGUGGAUGUUGAGAACAAGGGGUCACAGAGAGUGUUGGAGAAGUCUGGGUUUCAGAGAGAAGGUGUUCUAAGAAAAUAUUAUCUUGAGAAGGGGAGAGCUAGGGAUACGGUGAUAUUUAGUUUGCUUUCUACUGAUCCACUGAUAAAUUCCUUCAUGUAUAGUUAGCAGGAUUUUCAUUGAUUUGUACGUGGAUUUUGGACUAAUGUUUCUAGAAGUUUUUGGUUGAGAAUAGGAAAUGUUUUUAUGGAAAUUAAACACAUAGUUUGGGCUUCAAUCAUUAAAUGAUAACGUCAUGUAAGAAGCAUUGUUGCAAAUUCUAUUUAGAUGUGUUUAUAUUAUAGAUUUAAAAAAUUUAGAUAA